AUGCAGCCGCACCAGCAGCAGCUGCACGAGGCUAAGGUGCACCAGCUCGGCUGCCGCGUGGACGCCAUGCAGCCGCACCAGCAGCAGCUGCACGAGGCUAAGGUGCACCAGCUCGGCUGCCGCGUGGACGCCAUGCAGCCACACCAGCAGCAGCUGCACGAGGCUAAGGUGCACCAGCUCGGCUGCCGCGUGGACGCCAUGCAGCCGCACCAGCAGCAGCUGCACGAGGCUAAGGUGCACCAGCUCGGCUGCCGCGUGGACGCCAUGCAGCCGCACCAGCAGCAGCUGCACGAGGCUAAGGUGCACCAGCUCGGCUGCCGCGUGGACGCCAUGCAGCCGCACCAGCAGCAGCUGCACGAGGCUAAGGUGCACCAGCUCGGCUGCCGCGUGGACGCCAUGCAGCCGCACCAGCAGCAGCUGCACGAGGCUAAGGUGCACCAGCUCGGCUGCCGCGUGGACGCCAUGCAGCCGCACCAGCAGCAGCUGCACGAGGCUAAGGUGCACCAGCUCGGCUGCCGCGUGGACGCCAUGCAGCCGCACCAGCAGCAGCUGCACGAGGCUAAGGUGCACCAGCUCGGCUGCCGCGUGGACGCCAUGCAGCCGCACCAGCAGCAGCUGCACGAGGCUAAGGUGCACCAGCUCGGCUGCCGCGUGGACGCCAUGCAGCCGCACCAGCAGCAGCUGCACGAGGCUAAGGUACUGAGAGCGACGAGCGCGAGGCUGCAGGGACUGAGGCUCCCUGCGCGACGUCUGCAACAAGCUACUCCUGGAGGAGCAGGUGCACCAGCUCGGCUGCCGCGUGGACGCCAUGCAGCCGCACCAGCAGCAGCUGCACGAGGCUAA